GUCUGCAGGACUUUUGCAAGCAAGAAAAGAGAAGAGAGAGAAGGCGGGUGUUUUGUCAAAAGGAUGAAGUCACUUCCCCUCCUUUUCUAAAAGGUGAAUAAGGUGAUGGCGGGCCAUUUUCUGAGGAGAAGAACCGAGACGCCUAUAAAAUGCUCAGAGUGUGGCCAGAGCUUCAAUCAGUGGCCCCUCCUUGUGGCUCAUGAAAAAACCCACAAGGAAGAGAAGAAGCACUUUGCUUGCAAGGAGUGUGGUCAGAGUUUCAUCAAGAAAGCAAGGUUCGUGGCUCACCAGAAGAAACACGCAACACAGAAGGGCCAUCGGAGCAAAAAUUGUGGGAAGAGGUUCAGUCAGAGGUCCGUCCUUACGGCCCAUGAAAAAACCCACAAGGAAGAGAAGAAGCCCUUCGCUUCUGCCAAGCGUGGUAAGACUUCCAAGAAGAAAGCCGGAUCUCUGAAGCAUCAGUGCAACGAAUGUGGCCAGCGCUUCCCCUUCAAGUGCAAUCUUGUUCGACACAACAGACAGCACACUGGCGAGAAGCCGUACAAAUGCCCCGACUGUAGAAAGCGCUUCCGGACCUCGUCGGCCUUCAAUGUUCACCGCCGGAUCCACACGGAAGAGAAACCAUACUCCUGCGCGACCUGUGGGGCGGCUUUCACUCAGCAAGCCAGCCUUAUCGCGCAUGAGAGACUUCACACCGGUGAGAAGCCAUACAAAUGCCCUGACUGUAGAAAGCGCUUCCGGACCUCGUCGGCUUGCAGCGUUCACCGCCGUAGCCAUGCGGAAGUGAAACCAUACCCCUGUUCGACCUGCGAGAAGGCUUUCUGUCAGCGCUCCAGCCUUAUCGUACAUGAGAGACUCCACACAGGUGAGAAGCCAUAUAAGUGUAAGGAUUGUCGUAAGAGCUUCGCGGAAAAAUCAGCCCUCAAGAAGCAUCAAAGGAUCCACACGGGAGAGAAGCCAUAUAUCUGUCCCGAGUGUGGGAAGACUUUUUCCCUGAGUUCAGGCCUGGUACAGCAUGCAAAGGUCCACACUGGGGAGAAGCCUUAUGAAUGUGCUUUCUGCCAGAAACGUUUCCGGGACAAAUCAGGAGUCGUCUCACACGAGAGAAUCCACACUAAGGAGACACCCUUUCAAUGCCAGAUCUGUCUCAAAAGCUUCAGCCAUCGCUCCAACUUAAACAAGCAUGAAAGAAAUCACUAUUAAGCCGAAGACGUUCAACCUCUGUUAAGGUGGAAAGGGCAUGGCUUGGAAACUGAAUGUCCUUGUGCACGAGAACGAGAAAACGAAUUGUUCUGUUCUCCAACAGUGAGAGGAAGUAUCCCUAUUAUCGCUUCUGAAUAGUUCCAUAGUAGUUAGACUACAUUCAUCAAUAGCUGGAAGAUACACUGUUGUAGUUCCUUUGGAAGUUGUGUUGAUCAUCUGAAGGCUAAUAUGACCAAUCAUCUUGUUAUAACCUUAUACUGUGAAAUGUUUUCAUGGCUGGAAUCACUGGGUUGCUCUGAGUUUUUCGAACUGUAUGGCCAUGUUCCAGUAGCAUUCUCUCCUGACAUUUUGCCUAUAUCUGUGGCCAACAUCUUCAGAGGUCUGUUGGAAGGGAGGCAAAUGGAGUCUAUUUAGGUUGCUGUGAGUUUUUCGGUCUGUAUGGCCAUGUUCUAGUAGCAUACUCUCCUGACAUUUCGCCUGCAUCUGUGGCCAACAUGUUCAGAGGUCAAUGAUAAAAUCAUUUCCCUCCCCAACCCUGCAGUAUUCGAAUGUGGGCGAAAUGGGUGUUUGUGCCAAAUUUGGUCCAGUGAAUGAAAAUCCAUCCUGCAUAUCAGAUAUUUACAUUAAGAUUCAUAACAGUAGCAACAUUACAAUUAAGAAGUAGCAACAAAAAUAAUGUUAUGGUUGGGGGUCACCGCAAAAUGAGGGGCUGUAUUAAGGGGUCACAACAUUAGUAAGGUUGAAAACCACUGCUAUUAUCGCUUCUGAAUAGUUCCAUGGUAGUUAGACUACGUUCAUCAAUAGCUGGAAGAAAACUGUAUACGCUGUUGUAGUUCCUUUGGAAGUUGUGUUGAUCAUAUGAAGGCUAAUAAGUUGUGUUGAUCAUAUGAAGGCUAAUAUGACUAAGCGUCUUGUUAUAAUAUUUAUGCCCACCUCCCUCUAUUCUUAUUGCUCAAUUUUGAAUUUCCUUUUUUAAAAAAAAUUGUGUUAGGGAAUUGCACCUAACCCCCAGUGGCGCAAUGGGUUAAACCCUUGUGCCGGCAGGACUGAAGACCAACAGGUCGUAGGUUCAAAUCUGGGGAGAGCGCGGGUGAGCUCCCUCUGUCAGCUCCAGCUCCCCAUGCGGGGACAUGAGAGAAGCCUCCCACAAGGAUAGUAAAACAUCAAAACAUCCGGGCGUCCUCUGGGCAACGUCCUUGCAGACGGCCAAUUCUCUCACACCAGAAGCAACUUGCAGUUUCUCAAGUCACUCCUGACACGGGGGAAAAAAUCUAACCCUUCAUGUCUGAAGAGCCCCCGGUGGCACAGCAGGUUAAACUGCUGAGCUACUGAACUUGCUGACAAUAAAUAUUGCCACAAUAAAGAAUGUAGCUUUUAGCAAAGAAGGGGUGGUGCUCUGCUGGCAGGGAGUCCUUCUUUGGCACAAUGAAGCAGUUAAUAGGCCUUGUAGGUCCAUGGAGUCCCUUGUGGCGCAGUGGGUUAAACUGCUGAGCUGCUGAUCUUGCUGACCAGAAGGUCGGUGGUUUGAAUCACGUGAGUGGGGUGAGCUCCUUCUGUUAGCCCCAGCUUCUGCAAACCUAGCAGUUUGAAAACAAUUGUGAGUAGAUCAAUAGGUACUGCUUGAGCAGGAAGGUAACGGCAUUCCAUGCAGUCAUGCCAGCCACAUGACCUAGGAGGUAUCUACAGACAACACCAGCUCUUCGGCUUAGAAAUGGAGAUGAGCACCACCUUUCAGAGUCUGACACGACUGGACUCAAUGUCAAGGGGAAACCUUUACCUUUACUUCAUGUCUGAAUGCAAAUAAUUCAGGUGAUACAGGAAAGGAGAUUCCAUCUGAACAUGAGGAAGAACUUCCUGACUGUGAGAGCUGUUCAGCAGUGGAACUCUCUGCCCUGGAGUGUGGUGGAGGCACCUUCUUUGGAGGCUUUUAAACAGAGGCUGGAUGGCCAUCUGUCAGAGGUGCUUUGAAUGUGAUUUUCCUGCUUCUUGACAGAAUCGGGUUGGACUGGAUGGUCCAUGAGGUCUCUUCUGAUUUUUGUUUUGCCUUUUGUCGUGAUUUUUGUUUUGCCUUUUGCUUCAUAUUCUUGGAGACUUAUGCCUUAGGAUGCUGUUUAAGGAAUUUACCUAAUAGUCAUUCUGUGUCAAUUAUGUACCCCACCCCGUUUCCCUGAAAAAUAAGACAAUGUCAUAUAUUAAUUUUUGCUCUCAAAGGUGCGCUAGGUCUUAUUUUCAGGGGAUGUCUUGUUUUUAUGUAUUUAUUUAUUUAUUUCCAACAUUUCUACCCCGUCCUUCUCAACCCCUGACGGGGGACUCAGGACAGCUUCCAACAACAGCAAUUCGAUGCCGACGACAUACAAGAUACAAAAUACAUUACAACAACAUUAUUCAAGAAAUAAAAUAUUAGAAUAAAAUACAUUAAAACAUUAUUAUUCAUCAAGUAGCCA